CCCGAGCUGACCACCAAUCCUCCCGCACUCGCCAUCUUCAGUACUCUCCUCCCUCUCAUCCUCUUAUCCUCCUCCUCCUCCUCCUCCUCAUUAAUCAGUGCUUGUGGUGGCUCGCCAUCUCCCCUUCUCACCCACCACAGCCUCAAUCCUUCCACCAUGCUCCGCCGCUGGCCCCCGCCCGCCUGUCCCCCCUCACCCCCAUCGGCCUCAGCUUCCCUCCCAGUCACACCACGCGACCCGCCAGCCUGCAACCCACCGCCCCCGUCGUCCCACCCACCGGCACACCCUCAUGCCCACACCCACGCCCACGCCCAUUCACACUCUCAUUCUCAAACCGCCGCCGCUCCCGUUAAUAUCCCCGCACAGGCUCUCUCGCCGCCCACACCAGCACCCAGCCCCACUCCGACAGAGCGCUGGGCCUAUGCCGCGCUCGCCCCCCAACUAGGAGGCGAGGACCACGAUGAGCCUGAGAGCGCCGACAAGAGGCUCGCAUCCGCCCUCAUGACACAGUUCCGCGGCCUCCCACAAACAGAGCGCUUCGCCUUCCUCUCAUCCCUUGUUGGCGAGCUGCAGCUCAGCGAGGCCCUUGCCGUCUCGAGCAAGAUAUCACCCCGCCUUAAACGUGACUUCCUCACUGACCUCCCCGUCGAACUAGCCCUGCACUGCGUCAGCUUCAUCGACGACCCGCGCACUCUGGCUUCCGCCAUGCGCGUUUGCAAGUAUUGGCACGACCUUCUCCAAGACGAACGGUUAUGGCGCGAAAUGCACACGCGUCAAUUGUUCCGUCCCAAGCUGUCUGCGUCUCAUACACCUCAGCCGCCGCCCAGCGCUGCCUACGCAACCACCACCCAGAGCCGACUCGAGCGUGGAGCCAGGCCGCCACGCAACAGCGCCGCGGCCUGGGGCAAGCGCUCCCUCCCAAAGCGCUCGGCGCCACAAGCACGCUCUUACCGCGAAAAGUUCCGUGACGCCUACCUUACCGAGAACAACUGGCUCAGCGGCGGGCGCCUCCUCACCAUGCACUGUUCCAUGGGCGACUCUGUUGUUACUUCACUCGUCGUCAACGAGGAGUACAUUGUCAUAGGCAUGGCCAAUUCCAAGAUUCACGUCUUUGACGCUGGCACCGGUCACUACGUGCAGUCUCUGCUGGGGCAUGAGCAAGGUGUUUGGGCUCUGGUUCUCGUGUCCCCGCACGCUCGCAGCCGCACCGCGGUCCCACUCAAACGGCAGGAGAGCGUUCGCCGGGCCUCGUUCACUGGCACGCGAGCGUCGGCCGAGCUGUCUUCCGACACCGUCCCCGUGUACCGCUCGACGUCGUCCAACGGCAGCGAGCGCUCGCCGAGCAACAGCCGCGCGACAAAGCGUCUCAACUCGAGCGACGUGUGCGGUGCCGCCGCCAGCUGGAGCGGCAUAAAGCGUACUCUUGUCGUGUCCGGUGGUUGCGAUCGCGAGGUCCGCGUCUGGGACAUUCUCACGGGAGAGCCGGUCUGGACGUUGCAGGGUCACUCGUCUACCAUCCGAUGCCUCAAGGUUUUGGACGGCCGGCCGAUUGCUAUCUCGGGUUCGCGCGACUACACACUGCGCGUAUGGGACAUUGACCGCGGACGUAUGCUACGUGUGCUUGAAGGGCACAGUCAGAGCGUCCGAUGCCUCGAAGUUGCGGGCAACCAGGUCGUUAGUGGCAGUUACGACUACACUUGCCGACUCUGGGACAUUGACACUGGCGAAUGCCUUCAGGUGUUCCGGGGCCACUACCACCAAAUCUACGCUGUUGCGUUUGACGGCGAGCGCGUGGUUUCGGGGUCCCUAGACUCAACCGUGCGCGUCUGGGACGCCGGCAGCGGCGAGUGCCUUGCGAUUCUGCAGGGGCACACGUCACUUGUAGGCCAGCUCCAGCUCAGCGGUGACCGACUGAUCACCGGUGGCUCAGAUGGGCGCGUGAUCGUCUUCGACCUGAAUGACUACUCGUGUGUGCACCGCCUAUGUGCGCACGACAACUCCGUUACAUGCCUCCAAUUUGACGACCGCUUCAUUGUGAGCGGCGGCAACGACGGGCGCGUCAAGCUGUGGGACAUUCACACUGGCACUUUCAUUCGUGAGCUCACGAGCCCAUGCGAGGCCGUGUGGCGCGUCUGCUUCCGCGACGACAAAUGCGCGAUCCUGUGCCAGCGCAACGGCCGUACCGUUCUGGAAGUACUCGGCUUCAGGCCGCAGGACGAGACCGUCCGCGCCUCCUACUCGCGCACUCCAGACUGGUGAACACUCACUACUACACUCUCAUUAGAUCCAACCAUACCCUUAUCCCCGCCUACAAUCUACACCACCGCCUCCCAUUGUGCAUCCCGUGCACUGUCUUGGCCAUUGUACCCCGCCAUACUGUUGCGCAUGUCAUGUUGUCUCAUGUUGUCGC